CAUUCCUCACUCAGACGCGACCGCGUUACCCUCGAGAUCAAAGGCGAGGUCGCUAAAAUAAUGAAUUCUCUAUUAAAAUACUUACUGAUACUUCUGGGACUUAUCUCGGUGAUCAUUAACAUCGUGUUGGUUUGCCUGAAUUCAAAUAGGCGUCCAAAAUGCCUGUCCCAGCCGCAAGAAUCCUUACAAGUCAGACACUCGGAUAAAAGUCUAAUUUUCGCGGACCUCACUGCAGAGGAGUACAAGUUAGUUCGCGAUUACAUGUGGGCUCAAAAUGACCUCAAGAUCUCCCAUUCAGCCACUGCGAGACCCUCAGAGAAUUUCAUCUUUUUAAUCGACCUCUUGCUCCCGAAAAAGGCUGACGCACUGCGCUACUUAGACGCCAACGGACAGAAGCCGCCGCGUGAAGCUACUGUUGUUGUGUUCCACGGCGUUCACGGUGGUUACCUGAAGGAGUACAUAGUGGGACCUUUGCCUGGUCCACGGCAGCAUAGGGAUGUUACUCGGGAGAAGUAUGGUACUACAACCUUACCCUUCACAGCCCGUCCGGUAACAAUUGGAGAGUAUGUUCAACUCUUCCAACUCCUUGAUCAAGUUUUCAAACAACUUGAAAAGCCACUGAAGGAAAGUUUUGGUUACAUACCAAAAGAGCGGGAAUUGCUGCCGUUUGAGGGUAUGCCUAGAGGCGUAAAGGCUGGUGAGCGCAAAACAUGGAUAUCUUUUUUUCGCGAUUACAGUGGCAUGUACAUUCAUCCCGUAGGCUUCGAAAUCUUGAUUGACCACAAGAGCAUCUUCUCGUCAGACUGGACAGUUGAGAAGCUACUGUACAAUGGCGAAUAUUUCGACAGCAUUGACGCAUUUAAAAAUAAAUAUGAAGCAGGUGCUGUAAAAAAGAUAGUCUACAAAGAAAUCCCAAAUUACGCGUCACUGAAGCCGAAGAGUAAACCCUCGGGUUUAGGACCACACCAGUAUUAUCUUAGAGGCAAACGUUUCAGCGUUAAAAACAACCAGGUGAUUUAUUUAGACUGGAGUUUUGCAUUUGGCUUGAGUUCUCUGACUGGUAUGAGGGUUUUUGAUAUUCGCUUUAAAGGGGAGAGGAUAGUGUACGAGCUCAGCGUGCAGGAGGCGAUGUCUGUCUAUGGCUCUAUCACACCUGGGAUGAUGCUCACGAAGUUCCUCGACUCAAGCAUCGGAAUCGGUCGCUUUGCGCACGAGCUGGUGCGCGGAAUCGACUGUCCGUACGCUGCCACAUAUGUCGACACGUACCGUUAUAUUGACACAAAUGUCACGCUGCGUUCCAGAAACUCCAUCUGCGUGUUUGAGCACGACGCUGGCCGACCUCUGCGACGACACUUUUCAGAUUUUUUCCAUAAUGGUUAUGGUGGUAUGGCAAACAGCGCUCUGGUGUUUCGCACUAUCACUGCUAUAGGGAACUAUGAUUACAUAUGGGACUUCAUCUUCUAUCAAAGCGGCUCCGUGGAGGCAAAGGUUCACGCCACUGGCUAUAUAUCAUCCUCCUUUAAGAUGAAUGGAAGUCUGGAGUAUGGUCACCAGGUUGCAGAAAAUGUCAUUGGGAAUAUCCAUACACAUUUUAUCAACUUCAAAGUCGAUUUGGAUAUCUUAGGUGUGAAGAAUGUGUUUCAGACUAAAGACAUGGUGUAUAAGGAGGUGCCAUUACCAUGGUCACCCUCAUACAAUGCAAAGAUACCACAGCUGUUGGAGCAGCAAAUCAGGACAGAGAAAGAGGCUGCAAUGCUGCAUAAUAGCAAAACACCUCGUUACCUUCAUAUAGCCAGCAACCACACCAACCGCUGGGGCCACCAGCGCUCUUACAGGCUUCAGGUGGUGAGCUUUGCUGGGGAUCACCUCCCUGAAAGUGAGCCUGAAGAGAAGUCCAUGUCCUGGGCUCGGUAUAAAGUUGCUAUAACCAAGCAUAAAGAUACAGAGCAGACAAGCAGCAGCCUGUACAGUCAGAAUUACAUGUGGUCCCCAUAUGUUGACUUCAGCAAGUAUAUUGAAGACAACGAGAAGAUAGACAAUGAGGACUUGGUUGCCUGGGUGACAACUGGCUUUCUACACAUUCCACAUGCAGAAGACAUCCCCAACACUGUUACUGUGGGCAAUGGCGGUGGUGUCAUCCUUAGGCCGCAUAACUACUUUGAUGAAGAUCCAUCCAUCCACUCACCUGAUGGAGUGUAUUUCUCUCCAGGCUCUGAGAGUGACUGUGAGUACAACACAAUGGCGUGCCUGGAAAAGGAUAUGUGCAGUUCCACACUGGAGCCAUUCACUUACCACGGCUUCGAGGGGGUUAUGAAGUUUGAGUAAGGGUCUUAGUUCAGACUGUGAUAUAUGUAAUGCUAUUACACUUAUGCCAAAUGCUGAAGUCUUAUAAUGCAAAAGUAUUAGCUUUAUUAGCAAUCACUUUGUGCUAGUUACUAGUUAGACAAGCUUUCCUGCUUUUGUAUCUUUUUAUGUAAAUAUUAUGAAUAUUCUCUCUGCUUUUGCUUUUGCAAAUUGAUUGUGUGAUGUGAUCAAGAAUCAAAAUUUUAUGACAAUAUAUGCAUAGACAUUUUAAGGGUAUAUACUUCCUUUGGUAGGAUAUUUAAAAAAAUAAAGCCUAAAGAAGUACAAACAUGUCUCUUUUUUACUGAGAUACUUCAGAUUAGAAUAGAGACUGAUACAACACCACAAUCAAUUCUCUCUUUUUUUAUAAAAAAUGUAAUUUAUGCAAUAAAAUGUAAAGGGUGCCUACAUGUUGGUUAUUCUGGUCAUAAUUUUCUUGCAUACUUUUAUUUCCAGAUGGCAUAAGAUUAUAAAUGGUUUAUAACUUAAAGUGAUAGUUUACUAAAAAUUAAAAUUCUGGAACUCAAAAGUGGAUAUUUUGAUUGUCCAGGCUGCUCUUUUACAUGCAAUACAAGUGAAUGGUCAUUUAUACUGUCAGUUAUGGUUCUGCAUGUUCAAACUUGGCAUGUUGACUAUUCAUGUAAGAACCAUUAAAGUUUGUGCACAGUUUCCUCUCUACCUAAGUCUUAUCUGUCUGUGACAUUGAGUCAGAUAUGCUAGAUUUUAACGGUUGUAAGUCAAGAGAUACUGUAGAUAGAUAAAUAGACAGACAGAUAGAUAGCACUGCUCUACUAUUCGGUGUCAGUCUCAAUGGUGUCUUUGGAGGGAGGUGUUUUGGAAAGAGGGGCUGUGUCCAAUUCAACGGCUUAGUCUCGCGGAAGUUCCAGAACGGCUAAAACGCUUACAGCUCCUGAAACACGAUUCACUGUUAUCAUUAUUAAAGCAUUAAAUAGUCAUGCCCUCGACAGUUUAGAUUUCAUUAUCUGAUAUUUAAAGUACCAUUUAAAUAUAGUAAUUGAGUGCUUAUACAACCUUACACUCAUCGCCAUGCAGGGCAAUUUCAAGCUCUUUUUUAUAUAUACUAAAAGCCCAUGUGCUUAGAGCCCCUAGUUUGGUUGAGGCCCCCAUAUGCUCAGAAACUACCUUGUUGCUGUGAUUGUUGCUUAGAUCAUUGAAUACAUUUAUAUGUAUGUAUUUGGUAGACGCUUUUAUCCAAAGUAUCUUACUUUGUAUUCAAGGUAUACUUUUUUAGUAUCUGUGUUCCCUGGGAAAUUAACCAAUAAGUAUUGCUAGUGCCAUGCUCUACCACAGAGGUCUUCAACCUUUUUCAGUCCAAGGACCCCUUGCUUGGUAGAGAGUCAAAGCAGGGACCCCCUUUUACAUAUUUAAUAAAAUUGAGCAUUGUGAUUUAUGCCUAUAAUAACAUGUGUUUUACCAUAGGAAUGUGUGUACAUACUUUUUUAUGUUUAUAUUGCAGAGCCAUUAAACAAUGCAGGGCUGGAUGAUGGGGUGGGCUUUGCCCCCCAAAUUAUAUAGUGGAUUAAAUAACUCAAUGGAUUUCUUUUAUGCUGCCUUUAUGUCCUUUUUUGGAGUUUGAACAUUUUGGACCCCACUGACUUACAUUGUAUGGACAAAAACACCUUCAAAAUAUUUUGGUUUGUGUUCUGUAGAAGAAAGUAAGUAAUAUGAAUUUGAGACGGCACAAGGAUGAGUAUACUAUGAGAUAAUUAUCAUAUUUGGGUGAACAGCAUAUUCACUAUCCAACC